CAUCAGUAUAUAUUGUCACGAGCUAGUAGUCUCCAAUUGCAUCACCUCCACUACUCACACUCAGCUUCUCUUCCUUCGUUUUUGUUUUUCUUUGUCAUGGGUGCCUCUUUUGCAACUCAUGUGCUUUUCUUACUAUGGUUCUUUGCUGCUACCUUCAGUUUAAGCUUCCUCAAAACAAUGUCAAAUGAGGUCUCUUGCAAUGAAAAAGACAAACAAGCACUUCUUAGCCUCAAACGAGGCCUCACUGAUCCUUUCAACUUACUCUCAUCAUGGUCUAGCCAAGAAGAUUGCUGUAGAUGGGAUGGUGUUCAUUGUGAUAACAAAACCAGUCGAGUCACAGAGCUACACCUAGCGUAUACCGGGAUAGGGGGUGAAAUUAGUCGCUCAUUGCUUGAAUUAGAGUUUUUGAAUUACUUGGACUUGAGUUUCAAUGACUUUAAUCGUACUCCUAUUCCAACUUUCCUUGGCUCAAUGGGUAAUCUCACACAUAUUGACCUCUCAGACGCCAACUUCUCUGGAAUCAUUCCUCAUCAGCUUGGGAACCUUUCAAGCCUUUGCUAUCUGUAUCUUGGAUCUAAUUUUGAUCUCUAUGCAGAUAAUCUUUAUUGGAUGUCUGGUCUCUUUUCCAUUCAAUACAUUGACCUAAGCUCAGUUGACCUUCACAAAGAAACUGAUUGGCUUCAAAUAAUGAGUAAGUUCUCCUCUCUUUCUGAGCUAUACUUGUCCAAUUGUAAGCUUGAUAGUUUGAAUCCAUCUCUUGGAUUUGUCAAUUUCACAUCUCUUCAAGUACUUUAUCUUUCUGGAAAUCAUUUCAAUCAUGAGAUACCUAAUUGGUUCUCUAAUCUUAGUUCAAGUCUCUUAAAGCUUUACUUGGACGAUAGUUCUUUGAAAGGCAAGAUACCGCCCAGCAUUUUCAAUUUAGAGGAAUUGGAAUAUCUAUCCUUGUAUCCCAAUCAUCUAAUUGGAAAAAUUCCAGAGUCAUUAGGCCAGCUUAAGCAUCUAACAUAUCUCGAUCUCUCUUUUAAUUCUUUAAAUGGUCCUAUCCCUGUAUCUGUUGGGAAUUUAUCUCAUAUGAGAACAUUAUCCCUCAACCAAAAUCAGCUGAAUGGCACCAUUCCAAAGAGUCUUGGGCUUCUCUCAAAUCUAGAGGAGUUAUAUAUCCAAAAUAAUUUCUUAACAGGAACUAUAGAGGAAGGGCAUUUCAAAAAACUAUCAAAACUAAAGGAUCUCUCCAUGUCUCAACCACAAUUGUUCUUUAAUGUCAAUUCCAAUUGGGUUCCCCCCUUUCAACUUGAGUAUGUCUCCAUGAGCUCAAUCAAGAUAGGUCCUAAUUUUCCUUCAUGGCUACAAUCACAAAAAUCCCUCGGGUUUUUGGAUAUGUCAAUGUCAGGAAUUUCAAGCAAGGCUCCGAGUUGGUUUUGGAAUUGGACUUCAAAUGUUGAAGCUAUCGAUCUAUCUGACAACCACAUAGAAGGGGAUUUGUCGAAUAUUUUGCUGAAUUCUACUGUUAUAAAUCUAAGAUCUAAUCACUUCAAGGGUCGCUUUCCAUUAUUGUCUGAAAAUGUCAAAGUGCUCAAUAUAGCUAACAACUCAUAUUCUGGACCCAUUUCCACUUUCUUAUGCCAAAAGGUAAUUAGAAAGAAUAAAUUAGUGGUCUUAGAUGCAUCAAACAAUCUAUUGUCAGGAGAACUUUCUCAUUGUUGGAGGUAUUGGCAGUCUUUGAUCCAUUUAAACUUAGGGAGUAAUAGUCUAGCAGGUAGAAUUCCCUACUCCAUGGGGGUUUUAGUUAAUCUCCAAUCAUUGCGUUUACAAAACAAUAGCAUCUCUGGAGAUAUUCCUUCAUCAUUCAAAAAUUGCUCAAAUUUUGGGCUCAUUGAUAUAGGUAAUAAUCAUUUGACAGGGAUCAUACCACCUUGGAUUGGAGAAAUGACAAAUCUGUUAGUUCUUCGUCUAAGAUCAAAUGAAUUUAAAGGUCGUAUACCUCCACAAAUAUGCCAACUUUCUUCUCUUAGAGUAUUGGAUCUUGCUGAUAAUAGUCUAUCUAGUGUCAUACCAAAUUGCUUGAAAAAUAUUAGUGCCAUGGCACUACCAGAACUCAAUAUUCAAGUUUUUCCUUUUGAACCUUUAAAAUAUAUGUAUGGUUAUGUAUCCUACAUUGAGAAUCUUAAGUUGGUUCCCAAAGGUAAGGAAUUGGAAUAUGCAAGGAAUCUAGAAUUUGUUAAGAUCAUAGAUCUUUCAAAUAACAACUUGUCUGGAUCAAUCCCUGUUGAAAUUUGUGUUCUUUUUGAAUUACGUUUUUUGAAUUUGUCUCGAAAUCAUUUGAUGGGAAAGAUACCAAACAAAAUUGGGAGUAUGAAAGAGUUGGAGUCAAUUGAUCUUUCAAGAAAUCAUCUAUCGGGAAAAAUUCCACCAAGCAUGUCUAAUUUGACAUUUCUUAGUUACUUGGAUUUGUCUUACAACAACUUAUCUGGUAGAAUUCCUUCAAGCACCCAACUUCAAUCUUUUGAUGCACUCAGCUAUGUUGGCAAUCCUCAACUAUGUGGUGAUCCUCUUCCAAAAAAUUGCACAAUAGAGGAAGAAUCUUUGAAGAGAUCACCAACUGGCAGUGCUGAAGAUGACUCUAUAAAUUCCAGCUUCUAUCUAGGUAUGGGAGUUGGAUUUGCAGCUGGCUUUUGGGCAAUUUGUGGAGCUCUCUUCUUCAAUAGGACUUGGAGGCAUUCUUGUUUCAAAUUUUCUGAUGACAUAAGAGAUUAGAUUUAUGUGAAUACAG